GAGAGUCAAUGACGAGAGACUGGGACAUCUUCCUCGUGUGAUAUGACUUUCAUAUAGCUAUAGGUAGCUGACCGUUAUUGAUAGCUGUACUGGUACAUGUUUGUCUUGGUGAUUUAGACAACGGUUUCAGGAAAUCGAUUGACUACAUGUACACGACACGCGACUAUUUAAGCGUGGAACCACGUGUGUGAUCUAACUUGGGAUAUCGAUCAAUCUAGGCACAGAGCUGAAUGGUCAGGUUUGAUGGAGACACAACGUCAAGACAUAGUGGUAUAGCGUACAUUAUGUAUACCGCGUUAUAUCGAAGGAAGCCUGGACAGUCAUCCCUUGCAUCUAACCUUCCCAUCAGCCACACAAUCAAUACAAGGGCUCCUCAGCAUCCUAAAGAUAAUGUGAAUGAAACUUCUACGAACGAAAAAGGAACCCGGUUGCAUAUUGUCUCUGAGAAGACUGCUGUGGAAUCCAGGACUGAAGAUGUGGUCAAAACUAGAUCCACCAUUAGCAGAAAGACAUCUGAACUGAAGUCACGACGACAAGAUGGCAGACAUGCAGGAAGACCUGGAACCAGUCAUCGACACAGAGAUCACCCAAGGCCUCAUGGGAAGACAUCAGCAACCGAUGAAGUAAUACGUGGGAAUGUGACAGUGGAAUGUCCGUCCACAGCCAAAAUUGUCCGGAUCUUCACAAGCAGCACGUUUACAGACACCUGGCACGAGCGGAAUGCCCUGAUGGAGAGUGCGUACCCCGCCCUGAAAGAGGUGUGUCAGCAGCAGGGGUAUGAGUUCCAGGUGGUGGACAUGAGAUGGGGGGUCAGGGAUGACGCCACGGACGACCACAUGGGGACAGAACUUUGUCUGAGAGAAAUUGAUCUCUGCAAGAAAUUGUCUACCGGGCCUAGUUUUGUUACAUUUUUAAGUCACAAGUAUGGUUACCGUGACUUCCCAAACAAAAUCGAAGCAACUGAAUUUGACAAACUGUUUGCUGCUGUGGAAGAGGAAGAAGCAUUAAUGCUCCUUAAGACUUGGUUCAAGAGGGAUGACAAUACUGUGCCCCCGACGUAUUUCCUUCAACCAAUCAGCUCCAUUCUACCCGACUUCCGAGAUGAGAAUGAGGAAAAGCGGAAGUCCGCGAAAACAGCUUGGUACGAUCAGAAUGCAAUCAUGCAGAAAGCCCUUGUGAAAGCAGCCAACCAGAAACUUGAUACAAAGGCAGCUCAUCGCUACGUCAUGUCUGUGACCGAGGCAGAAAUCACACGAGGGAUAGUGGAGUCCGAAGAUAGGUUGUCCAGCUGUUUGUGGUUUCACCGACACAUUGAUGCCAUAGAUAAACAGGAACCAGGCUACAUUCUAAGCAGAUAUAAGGAAUGCCUUGGACCUGAGGAGAGAGUCAAAGAAUCUCAGGUUCUCUUGGCUGAUCUACGGGACAAAAGACUUCCGAUCUUGUUGUCAUCUGAGAAUCACAAAACAUACAACAUCGAAUGGACAGACAGUGGGGUAGAUCCUACAAAGAGUAAAAGACACGAGGCCUACAUCAAACAGCUGUGUCAUGAUUUCACGGAGGACAUUUCAAAGAAAGUGAUGCAAGCCAUUGAGGAUAGGAAGAGAACAGACUUGGCCAACCCUUUGUAUGGAGAGAUUGUCGAACAUACAGUCUUUUGUCAGGCGAAAUGCAAAGCUUUUCAUGGACGACAGGACACGCUAGACCUCAUAACGAAAUACCUUCAAGGAACUUCUAGAACUCCUUUCAUUGUGCACGGACCUUCAGGCUGUGGGAAGACAUCCAUUGUUGCCAUGGCAGCUACAUUAGCACUGCAAUGCUUCAACAGCAAGGCUGGGAUUGUCAUAAGAUUCAUUGGAACUACACCUGACAGUUCAACCAUAGGUGCAUUGUUGUCCAGUGUGACGUCACAGAUAUGGAGGAUUUAUGGUGACGAUGAAGACCAGGAGCUGCCUGCUGAUAUCAAAGAGCUUGCCAAAAUAUUCCAAGAGGCUCUUAAUAUGGCCAACAGUAAUGAGCCUUUGGUUCUACUACUUGACUCACUUGAUCAGUUUGACCCAUCUGGGGGUGCUCGGCAACUGUUCUGGCUUCCUAAACAACUCCCUGACAAUGUGAAGAUAAUAUUGUCCACAUUACCAGAACCCCAGUAUGAGAGUUUUCCUCGAUUACAGGAAAUGUAUUCUGAAAGGAACAAUUUCCUGAAGGUACCAAAACUCGCAGACAAAGACGUCGAGGGCAUUCUUACCAAAUGGUUAAAUGUAAGUCGUCGUGAUCUGACUGAUCAACAGAGGCAAACCGUCCUUAGGGCUUUUCAGAAGUGUCCACUCCCUUUGUUCCUGAAACUGUCAUUUGAUGAGGCAUGUCGUUGGUCGUCCUUUGCAUCCCAGUCAGAGACAACUCUCCAACCAUCUAUUCGAGGAAGUAUCAAUGCCCUGUUUUCCAGAGUUGAAGGACUACAUGGAAAAAUCUUUGUGUCAAGAGCUCUAGCAUAUCUCACAUUGAGUAAAACAGGCCUAACGGAGAGUGAGUUGGAGGACAUCCUGUCAUGUGACGAUGACGUACUCAAUGACGUGUACAUGUACUGGACGCCCCCUGUCAGGCGACUUCCGCCUCUUCUCCUGGUCAGGCUGAAGGCAGACCUGGGUCAGUACUUGGUGGACAGAGGCGCGGAUGGCGUGAGAGUCUUCUUCUGGUAUCACAGACAGUUCAUAGAGGCUGCCACAGACAGAUAUUGCUCUGAUCCUCAAUUGAACCAAGUAUUGCAUGGAGCUUUAGCAGAUUUCUUUGCUGGAACUUGGGCAAAUGGUAAGGCCAAAGCGUAUCUUGACAAGAAGGGUAACACAGAAACUGCUGACCGAAGGGCUGCAUCACAGCCUGACAAAUUCAAGACUGGUUAUAAUUUGAGAAAACUGAACAACCUGCCUUACCAGCGGACAGAAGCAAAGCAGCUGAGUCAGCUAAAGCAAGAGUGUUUGUUGAACUUUGCUUUCCUCCUGUCAAAACUGCAAGCAUCGGGUUUAAGGCCUAUCUUAGAGGACUUCAUUGCCGCCAGACAUGUGUACCCAGGGGACCAUGAACUAAAGACUGUGGGAGAGAGUCUUCAGUUAUCACAAGAUGCUCUUGUAUCAUAUCCCAACGAGCUCCCGUCUCAGCUGCUGGGCAGGAUCAAACAAUGGGAUGGCCUGGAGGAUCUCCUGGCCGGUUGUAGGAAUGCACCAAACUACUUCCUUGAGCCUGACAGACCAGUCUUAACAGAGCCCGGUGGACAGCUGGUGAACUGUCUUGCUGGACACAAAAAAGAAGUGUAUGGUAUUGAUAUGACCAAUGACUCUGGCUUUAUUGUGACAUGUGCCUAUGACAGGUCGGUGAAAGUCUGGGACGUUGCCAGUGGAAAACUGGUUCGGUCAAUGGAUGAUGUUGGGGAAGACCCGGAGAAGGUCCUACUAUGCUGUGAUGACUCUGUAAUAAUUGUUCACCCAGAUGAACAUAUACUUGGUUAUGACUUCAAAACAGGUGCCCUGCUGUACGACAUACACACAGAAGAAGGAAGACUUCUGUUCUGUGUGGGAGGAAAGGGGAACAGUAUCAUUGGAACCUUUCACGAAAAGUCAGUGUCACUUUAUGCUGCCGACACGGGGACACUCCUAGAAACUGUGGUGUGUACUCUGCUUGGAAAAAAACAGGAAUUCACAAGCAAUACUGUCUGUGCUGGUAGUAUACGCUAUAUGGCUGUUGUCGAUGAUGACCAGUACUGGGUAUUUAUUCUUGACUUGGAGACAUCACAAUUCAUUCGAAAGAAAAAGAUCUUCGAGAAAUUCAAAGAUGAAGAUGGUGAUGAUGAACAGUACACAAUUGAAGCUCUUGUUCUUUCUCUCAGCGGACACCGACUCUACCUUUCAGAAAUGUAUAAAAACGACCUUCAAGUAUACAUCACAGAUACAAUGGAGCAGGAAUGUGUCUAUCCAGGUAAAGAUAGAGACUCCUCUGAGAGGUUCAAGCUUACGAAAGAUGGGAAAACUCUGUACUUUCCCAACAGUGACCAUGUCGUUUUAUGGGACUUACACACUGGAAAACGAUCUACAGUUCUUCAGCAAGGCCUAAGCAUGACCGAUGUGGUGAUGAAGGACAUGACAACAGCUGUGUCCUACAGCGAUGACAGGGUGGUUCGAAUCUGGGAUUUAACCAGGGAGGCAAAGUCUCACAGUGACGGGCAAGAAAGCGAGGAAGACAUUGUAGACUCAAAGUCCCUUGUGGGCGAUGAUGAAGCUGAUACUGGAAAAGAGCUUACAGAUGCAAAGGAGGAGGAAAAGAAAGCAAAGCCCAUAGAAAUCAAGCGUUUGAUGACGCUGCCAAACCCACGAUAUGUUCUGCUGAAAGCCAGUCGCACCAUGACGAAAUAUCUUCAAAUUUACGAUCUGCCACUUAAGAAGGUAGUCAGACACAUCAAAGUGGAUCUCUCGCCUUCAAAAAUUAUCCCCCUUGACGACAGUAUGCAAGUCCUGGUACGCGUUAGAAGACGACUGAAGGUCGUAGACCUAUCAUCUGGAACUCUACUGAGAACGUUCGAAGGGAAAAUGUCAGAGAACAGUUCAGAUUUCACUCUAGUAUCAGACAAGAAAGAAGUUGCAUGUCCCACACGAGGACGCAAGGGAAUCAAGCUGUAUGACCUUGAAACUGGAAAGACACUGGCCGUAAUGGAGGCAAAAAUCACAAAGAAAUUUGAUGACCUGAAGGCUAGCGAGAAGGGCACAGUCCUGAUAGCAUCUACAGAUGACGGGCCUUGCUACGUGUUCGACGUACUGACACGUACCUGUUUGCAUGCAAUCAAUCCUGUACAACUCAACUGCGAUGACAUUUACAUCAACGACGCCGUUGUCACCAAUGAUGGUGCCUAUUUUGUGUGCCAAGCAAACACAGUUCCCCAAAAGGCACCUGAAGAAAGUAACACGGAGUAUAUACCACUUUGCUGGGACAUACAGAACAACUGUUUUCACAAGGAAUUAGUUGAUUAUGAAUACUACCUUAAAUACGCCAAGGAUAGUGGCAACGACGACACCGGUGUAGAUGUUUUCCAACUGCUUGAUUACAGGACAAUCAUCUGUAACCAUAAUGAUGCAUAUAUUCGAGUGUUCGAUCUGAAUACAGGAGAAAUGAAGAAGAGGAUUGAGGGACACCUCAGUGCUGAGCUUUCAGUAGUCAAAGCUGGACCUUACUUCAUGUCCCAUGGCACCUAUAGUGAAGACAAUGUGUUCAAGAUGAUUGACAGGACCACAUUUGAGACCAUAGCCACUUUUUCCCCGGAUUAUGACAUACGAGAUUUAGCUCUCACGGAAGAUGGCUACCAUGCCGUUGGUUACUUCAGAGAGUUCAACAAACCAGUGCUGUGGAGUCUGGUGGGAGGGCCUGAAGAUGACCAACACAGAAAGACGUACAAGCCUUUGUCCAGUUACCCUGACAUAUAUGGAGCGGACACGGUUCAACUACAACUACAACUGCAAAAGGACACGGAUAAGGAGGAAGACCCGGAUGACCUUGACAAAGACAUCGACGAGGUGGAUAGUGACACCGAGGAUGACAAUGAUGACUCCCCAGACAAGAAGGAUCUUGACGCAAUGUCGUCUAUCUCAGGUUUGUCUGAUUUGGACCUAAAAUCAGGUUGGUCAGAUUUGGACUUGGAUGCUGAUGACUCAUGGGACGAAAUGGAAAAGCCAGAGAAAAAGACAUCAGCCUGAAUAUCUGACUCAAACUGCUGACAAGCUCUAACAAUACAAAAACAGUUACAAUGUUAAUACUGCAAUGUUACAAACCGGAACUUGUUAUAGAGUGUAUAUCAGUUGGGGUGUAUGUCAGAGUUCAUAUCAUGUUCUCUAAACACGAGAGAAGAAUGAUCAAUAUCGCGUUUCCGAUGUUUGUAAGAUUCCUUUAAGAAUUAUACAAAUAGGUUAUAAAGUCCAACCUACAUGAAUGUGGGAAUCCAUUAUUAUGACUCCUGACGACUGUAGUGUACAGAAAUAUUAGAAAUAUCCAUUGACAUCAGAAAUUUGUAAAUUCAUUCCGUUUGUUCCAAUUCAGAGUUGUGAUCCAUCAGUCCUGUGCUUAUUCAUUUCAAAAGGUUUGUAGUUUAUUGCUGUCGUUAGAACUGUUUAUGUAUUACAAGACAGUAAUAACUAUAUGUAAACAUGCCUUUGUCACUUGUACAGAGGGGAGGUAGGGUAGCCUAGUGGUUAAAGCGUUCGCUCGUCACACCGAAGACCCGGGUUCGAUUCCCGACAUGGGUACAAUCUGUGAAGCCCAUUUCUGGUGUCCCCCGCCGUGAUAUUGCUGGAAUAUUGCUAAAAGCGGCGUAAAACCAUACUCACGCACUCACUUAAUUUAAGAGACUUCCGUAUUCUUGUCUAAAGUAGAAACUGACAAAUAAUCAGGAACAUGAUAUAACUGCCUGUAUACUUCUCCCUGAAUAUAGAAGCUAUAUUUUGCUACAUUAUCGAUGUGUAUUAUUCGUGAAUUGAUUGUUUUCAGGUUCAUAUUCAUCAUAUCGCUCACCAAAAAAGACUGUGAUACAUGUCUCUUUACAUUAUAUUUUACGUCAGGAAUAAAAUCAUUGA